GCGCCUGGCGGUGGCGUCAUCGGGGCGUGUGCGCGUGUCCGCUCCUCCGCCGCCUCGGGUCGGGGCGGGUCCGGGGAACGGCCUCGGAGAUGGAGUCGUCCCUGGAGGCGAGCUUGUCGUCCAGCGGCGCGGUGUCGGGGGCCGCGGGGUUCCUGCCGCCGGCUCGCUCCCGCAUCUUCAAGAUCAUCGUGAUCGGCGACUCCAACGUGGGCAAGACGUGCCUGACCUACCGCUUCUGCGCCGGCCGUUUCCCCGACCGCACGGAGGCUACUAUCGGGGUGGAUUUCCGAGAACGAGCCGUGGAGAUCGACGGGGAGCGCAUCAAGAUCCAGUUGUGGGACACAGCAGGACAAGAACGAUUUAGAAAGAGCAUGGUACAGCACUAUUACAGAAAUGUACAUGCUGUUGUCUUCGUGUACGAUAUGACCAACAUGGCUAGUUUUCAUAGCCUGCCAUCUUGGAUAGAAGAAUGCAAACAGCAUUUGCUAGCCAGUGACAUACCACGGAUUCUCGUUGGAAAUAAAUGUGACUUGAGAAGUGCCAUUCAAGUACCUACAGACUUGGCACAAAAAUUUGCUGACACACACAGUAUGCCUUUGUUUGAAACCUCUGCGAAAAACCCCAAUGAUAAUGACCAUGUGGAAGCUAUAUUUAUGACCUUGGCUCAUAAACUUAAGAGCCACAAACCAUUAAUGCUUAGUCAACCCCCUGAUAAUGGAAUUAUUCUGAAGCCUGAACCAAAGCCUGCAAUGACAUGCUGGUGCUAAGUAACAGUCUUUAUUAUACUAUCUAAUUUUGACUAGAGAAAUACUUUUGAAGUAUGACAGUGAUAAGUCAUAAGAUUUAAUCUCAAAUAUAAUGGAUCAUCCUGACAUUAUACUGUUUAUCAUUGUCAUGCUAAUUUUUGUAUUUUGUAUCUACUUAAUUAAGUUUGUCAUCAUGACAACACAGGGCAAAAGUUGGUUUUCACGUGAGGUUGAAAAUGAAGCAAAGGUAGGAUGAAUCAGAACAUCUUCCCGUUGAGAGCCCAGUGAAGGAGGCUUCAAAUCAGAGCAUGAUGGUAUUUUAGGAGUAAAUCACUGUUCAUUCCUGUGUUCCAGGGAUAGAAAAAAAUAAAAGGGUAUAGGACAUACCUACUAGGUAUGUCCUUUGAAUGGGAAGCAUUCUCAAUAGGACAAAACUGGUAUUUGCCUCUCCCUAAAGUUCUUUGUAUUAUUGAUGUAUUUAAUUGCAUUAUUAUGGGUACAUGUUAGAGCCAAGACGAUUUUAGUCCAGUGGGAGGAGAAGGCAUAGAAUGUUUUCUGGUUCUCAGUGUAUAAAGAAUGACUUCCAGUGAUUCCACAUGCUUGAUAUUUCUAAUUGAUUUAUCAAUCAUAUCUACAGAAGUCAUUGUUAUUUUUAGAAAAAAAUUGUUUUCUUACUAAAUUCUAUUAAAAUAUGCCAAAAUAA